CGAUUAUCAACCCAUUCAUGGCAACAAUGAAGUGCUGAUUGACUGGAGGAGGAGCAGAGGCGGACCCUACGAUCCGGGGCGGCCUAGAGGGGGCAGAUCCACUGGGGUGUCGAGCUGGGUCUCCUCUCCUCCGUCCUGUACCUUGUUGUCUCUCUCUCUCUCUCCGUCCCUCUCCCUCUCCGAAACGAUGGAGCAAGCCCUUCUCUCAGGAGAAGAGAAGAGGGAGGAGUCAUGGAGGUCGUACCAGUACCUGGGACGGACCUCCUCAUCCCUGCGCGCCCCUCCCUACUCCUCCCCUGCGGCGGGUGCGGGGGAGGAGGUCAGCAUCGAGGAGAUCCGAUCCGCCUCCGCCUUGUCCUCCGAUCGCUACUACCCGCCCUCCAUUCACGGCGCCCUCGUCACCUCUCCCGAGCCCGAUCACCCUCGCAUCCCCCAAGCAGAUCAGGCGAUUGUCUUUCAAGGAAGGUACGGUGAAUACCAGCCUGGAUACAGUUCCAAGGAAGUAGGGAGGGAAUAUUUGGAUGAGGUGGAAAUUCGGCAACUACUAAUUGAUCAUGUAGGGCAUCGUUGUUGUUGGGGGAGUCAACCUGCUAGGAGAUGGACGAUAUCUACCAUUGAAGACUGCAAUGUGUAUGUUGGAACACUUGAAACAUUCGUGGAGGAGAGGGAAAAAAUAAUUGAAAGAGAGCCGUAUUUAGGUGAGAAAGUUGAUGGAAAAGAUAAUGGACUGGAAAUUGCAAUAUGGGAACUGGAUCUGAGAUCCGAAUUCCCACUCCUCUUUGUACCUCAAAAAGAAAUCAGGGUUAAGGUUCCUCAUUCUGACAUCAUUGAGAAGUGCUCUGACUGUGAAGGACGAGGACAGAUAGCUUGUCCUACCUGUAAUGCUGGCCAGGAGCGCAGAACUUACAAGGAAAAUCAGAUGAGUCAGUGCCCUGCAUGCUAUGGAAGGGGUCUGAUUGCUCAUAGAGAUGGAUCUGAUACAAUAUGCACAAAAUGCAGCGGGAAAGGAAUGCUGCCAUGUGCGACAUGUGGAUCGCGUGGGCUGGUAAAAUGCCAGGCAUGCCAGGGGCAGGGCUCCCUCAUUGCUCGUAGUAUUGCCCUUAUUAGAUGGAGGACGCUCUCGACUAGGAAAGUAAGUGCUACGAGCGGUGCUGCCUCAGUUCCUGAUGAAGUAUUUCACAGAGCCAGAGGGGUGCAGCUGUGCAACAUCCAGGCCUACCAAUGUACUCCCGCUUUCUUUGCUGAUUCCUAUUUGCUUAACAAGUUCUCUUCAGAAGUUAUUGCAAGCCGUUUCCCUGUUCCUCCCGCCGCAAGGAUCAUAUCUGAGAGGCACGUUAUAUCUGUUGUGCCCGUCACACGGGUUACUAUGUCUCAUCGCAACCGUUCCUUCGGCUUCUACAUUAUUGGAAACAGCAGAGAGGUUUUCAUUAGAGACUAUCCUUCAAAAUUUUGCUGGGGCCUCUGCUGUUGCUUUGAGUGGUUGAAAGUAUGAGUAUUUUCCUUCUUACUAUAUUAUGGUGAAUUGUUGAUCGCUGUGUCAGAGAGUUGUUUGAUACAAAUAAUGUGAUUUGCAUAAAAAGUACUUCCCAUGUAAGGCAGAUACUUGUAUAAUUGGAAGUUAAUAAUAAGCAUCCCCCUAGACGGUUACUAUUUA